UGGGCCACAGAGGCGCUAGGAAAAUCACGGAGCUGGGACCUUACCACCUCUCUCUCUCUGGCCGUCAGCGGACUCCUUUCUCUGCACACGUCUUUCCCUGAAAUGUGUGUGCGCGCGAAAAAGAGAGGAGGAAUAAAGUGUGUGUAUGUGUGUGUGUGUGUGUGAGGGUGCAUGUCCGGAGCAAGUAAAGGCAGGGGGAUUAUUCGGCGCUAUCGAAAUAUUUCAACACGUCGCCCUCGCUGCAGGACUGAAGCCAAUAAGAAGGAACGCAUUUUAACAGGAAUGCCGAUAUUGUAAACAGCAACAGAAGAGAAAGAAUGCACUGCAGUCUGUUAAGUGACUCACCCAACUUGGUUUAAUUCGGCUAAUGUCCGCAAACCAGCGACAAGCACAAAGGUGUCCGAUGCGUGUCUGCUCCUGAAGAAAAUCGCUUUCGCAACACUCCAGAAGAUUAAUGGAGAACAUUUUUAUAUUUAUCUUUGCAGACUUUUGAUACACAUUUAGCUAAGGACACUAGAGAUUUUCCACUAACUUUUCAAAAAUAAGUGGAUAAUUUCUGCUGAGUUUACGGAGGAAUUUCCCGAGCUUUCCCACUCUUCAGUUGUAUUUUUUUUUCUUUUGAUUUUUUCUUCAUUAUCUCUUUUUCAACACAGGCUUCGCUGCUCUCUAAAUAUUCUGUCAAAUCGAUACCGUCGUCUACAUUGCCUGCACUUGGAUGAACUUCCUGAUGAGAGAUCCAGUCAUACAAGGAUCAAAUAUGGCAUAUCAUCCGUUUAUACCUCACCGGGGUCCGGAAUUUGCCAUGAGUGCAAUGCUGGGUCACCAGCCUCCUUUCUUCCCGGCCUUAGCCCUCCCUCCCAGCGGCUCCUUGUCUCUGCCGGGCGCCCUCGGAAAACCGAUUAUGGACCAACUGAUGGGAGCCGCGGAGACCGGCCUCCACUUCUCGUCUCUGGGACACCAGGCGGCAGCCGCCCACCUCAGGCCCCUCAAGACUCUGGAGCCUGAGGAGGAGGUGGAGGAUGACCCCAAGGUUCAUCUGGAAGCCAAGGAGCUUUGGGAACUCUUCCACAAGAGGGGCACUGAGAUGGUGAUCACUAAAUCCGGAAGACGGAUGUUCCCCCCGUUCAAAGUGAGGUGCACCGGUCUGGACAAGAAGGCCAAAUAUAUUCUUUUGAUGGAUAUUGUUGCAGCCGAUGACUGCAGGUACAAGUUUCAUAACUCCCGCUGGAUGGUGGCGGGGAAAGCCGACCCCGAAAUGCCAAAGAGGAUGUACAUUCACCCGGACAGUCCGGCUACUGGCGAACAGUGGAUGUCAAAAGUCGUCAAUUUUCACAAACUCAAGCUGACAAACAACAUCUCGGACAAGCAUGGAUUUGUAAGUUCAACUAAUACCAUACUCAACUCGAUGCACAAAUAUCAGCCCCGAUUUCACAUCGUGAGGGCCAACGACAUUCUAAAACUCCCGUACAGUACCUUCAGGACCUAUGUUUUCCCCGAAACGGAUUUCAUUGCAGUGACUGCAUAUCAAAAUGACAAGAUAACCCAGCUGAAAAUUGAUCAUAAUCCAUUUGCCAAAGGCUUUCGUGACACGGGCAAUGGCAGGCGGGAAAAAAGGAAACAGCUGGCUCUGCAGUCCAUGCGUUCAUAUGAGGAGCAGCAGAAGAAGGAGAACGGAGCUUCAGACGACUCCUCUGGAGAGCAGGCGUCAUUUAAGUGCUUUGGUCAGGCCUCGUCCCCUGCCGUGUCUACCGUGGGCCCUCCACACCUGAAAGAUUUCUGUGACAGCGACGAUGACAGCGACGACGAGAGUAAGGACGGACACAUUAAAGACGGUCCGGACUCAAACAAGAUUUCCACGACCACGGAAGACGGAAAAGAUCAUGAUGCGAGCCCAACAAAGGGAAGCGUCUUUAGUAACAGUGACUCUAACAGCAGGAUUCGCGACAGCGGUCCCAGGACUGAGAAAAGCCAAGCUGAUUCACGGCAAAGCCCCAUCACCGUCAUCUCCAGCACCACCCGCUCCGGAGAAGACCUCAAAACCCCGAACCUCGAUCAGCCCAAAACGGACGAGUGCAGGUCAAUAACCAAGGACAGUUUCAUGCCUUUGACUGUUCAGACAGACAGUGCGCACAUAGGCCACAGCCACUUGCAUAAUUUUGGAUUUCCAACAGGUCUAACAGGACAACAGUUUUUCAAUCACCUAGGAAGUGCGCAUCCGUUUCUGUUGCACCCCGGUCAGUUCAACAUGGGAGGUGCGUUCUCAAACAUGGCCGCAGGCAUGGGGCCACUAUUGGCAGCUGUGUCAACAGGAGGGGUGAGCACCAUGGACACGACCAGCAUGGCAUCACCUCCGCAAAGCUUGACGGGAGCACCAGGUCUACCCUUUCAUCUGCAGCAACACGUCUUGGCAUCACAGGGCAUUGCUAUGUCUCCUUUCGGGAGUUUGUUCCCCUAUCCAUAUACAUACAUGGCAGCAGCCGCCGCCGCCUCGUCCGCCGCAUCCUCCUCGGUGCACCGACACCCGUUCCUGAACGCAGUGCGCCCCCGACUCAGGUACAGCCCAUACUCACUCCCCAUGACGGUACCGGACAGCACCUUGCUCACCACCGCCGCCGCUAUGCCCACCAUGACCGGCAACGGCACCGAGCUCAAAGGGGACACAGGCAACGUCCCGGCGAGCCCAGUGUCUGCUGUCACGCUGGAUUCCACGUCAGAAGUGACGAGUCACUCUUCCACCAUCUCCUCUGGCUCCAUCUCUAUGUCUCCAAAAACUUGCACAGAGAAGGACGCGGCGAACGAGCUGCAGAGCAUCCAGCGCCUGGUCAGUGGACUGGACUCGAACCAGGACAGGCCGAGGAGCGGGUCCCCAUAGGAUUUCUGUUUUUCUUUCUUUUUUCUUUUUUUCUUUUUUUUAAACACACCGCCUGCUUCUCAUUUCGUUAUUGUCUUGGAAAGUGUUGACGGAGAUGAAGACUUAUCAGUAGGGGUCACCCGAGUAGAUUAAGGCAGGUUUUAAAAACAAAAAAAGUUUGACAAACACGACUGUUGGACGUUGUAGUUUCUGAAAUGCACUUUGGUUAAUGCGCAUCUGAUAUGUAUAUUUUUACUUUUUUGUUAAAUUAAAUACUUUUUAUCUUGUCAUUGAAUACCAUACAAGUAUUGAAACUGAAAAGCUGGCAUGGGGUGUGACUUACAGACCUUUAGGAGAACUUGCUGCUGUGUCCUGUCUCCUCGUUUUAUUGUAUUCGUGGAGUUGUUCAUACAGCUCCAUUUGUUUUGUUCAUAUGCACUCUGCAUUGAUUGGACUUAUUUGUAUUAAGCCUACUACCAUUUUAGCCUACCUUCAAAGACUGCUGUAUUUUUGAUGGAUUGAACAGUCAUCUGACGCCUGUCAUUUCGCCCAUAGACUGGCCAAAUGUUGCAUGACCCCCUCUCCUCCUCUCCCCACUACCACCCCACCCUCCAAAAAAAUCCUUUAGAAUGUUAUUUCAAUACAGAAAGUAUUCUGUUUGAAACUACACUACCUUUUUAUCCAGUUGUGUUUGAAUUAGGUUAUGCAUUCUGAUUUAUUUUUCUUUAUGCCUUUCUGAGAAUCAGAAUAACUGACUUGUGAUCCAGGAUGAAACCAUGACCCGAGCACGUUGAAUUCAUGAAAAAGUGUCCGAAAAACAAAGGGAAUCAUACAAUUAAAGUAAACAUUAAAACAAAUAAAAAGGUAGUAUUGAUUAUAAGUGUAUAUAGGGAUCUAUAAAAUAUUUAUGUAAUUAUUUCAUAUUGUUCUUGCGUGUAAAUAUAACGGAGUAGUUUGUUUCUAGGGAUCUCUUAAUUUAUUGUCGAUAUACCUGUGUAAAGAUAGUUUGUGGGCUAUUAUUAUCCUUAUGUUGCCAUCUCCAUUUUAACCCUCUCGCCCUUAAAAAUAUGGACUUUAUUCCUCCUCUUUCCCCAAAUAUCCACUCAGCUAGUUACUCACACUCAUGUGCCAUUGUAUUUUCACUUGUUGUCCCCGUGUGUGAAGUGCUACUGUUUAAAACGAAUGAAAAGGUGACAACGCACUGCACCAAUGGCUUCAAAUUAAAAAAUAAAUUAAUUAAAAUCAUGUUUUUAGAGAAGAGAAGAAAUGUGACAAAAGUGGACUGUUUUUUCUGUUAUUCUGUUUGUGUCUUUUUUUUUUUUCUUCCGCAAACCUGGUCGUAAAAGUGCCGCAUAAUCGAAAAAAAAAAUAUGAAGGUUUAUUUUUGUGUUUCUUAGGUUGUUCGUUUGUUUAUGUUGUAUUGGAUUUAUGUCUAGUUUACAACAUCGACAUCGUGUUCUUGACAGUUUCAAUAAAAAUAACGGAAUGCCAUUGCUUUAUCU